AUGUCGAAGACAGCGGCGCCUAAGAAAACUGCCCCCCCUCCAGGAUGCACCAUCGACAUCAAAGAUGCCAAAGUACAAGAUGCAGCCAUUAAAAUCCAGGCUUCCUAUCGAGGACACAGAUCUCGUCAGGAGCUGAGGGAGAAGGGGCCUCCCAGAAUCCUGAAGGAACUGAAAGAUGUGGUGCUGAUCGAAGGCAGUGCAGCCAGGUUGGAUUGCAGGGUCAGUGCCUUCCCAGACCCCCUCAUCCGCUGGUUCAAGGAUGGUCAGGAGCUGAAGGAUGGGCCCAAGUAUCGCUACACGUUUGAGGACCCUGACAUUGUAGCGCUGGUGGUUAGGGAUGGGACACUUUCCGAUCUGGGCAAAUACACUAUCUCAAUCAGCAACACCUUUGGAGAAGCUUUCGAUUCUGCAAAGAUCAUCAUUGAAGUUCCGGGUAAGAUUCAGAAGGGGCCUGACAGUGUGAAGGUGAAAGCAGGCCAGACGGUGAAACUGGUCGCCCACAUUAGCGGGGAGCCGGAGCCUGACGUGGGCUGGGCCAAGGACGGCCAGGAUGUUGAGGAAGACGACAGGUUGUUCUAUGAUAUUGAUGUUGACACCACAACUCUGACAAUCAAAAACAUCACUGCAGCUGACGCAGGAAAGUAUGAAGUCUUCGUGGAGAACAGUCUGGGAAUGGAUCAGUCAUUUGCCAGAGUCGAUGUCAUCUGA